UCUUCUGCUCCCUGCGCAUGCGCGGCCGGGCCGCAUGAGGAGACGGCCACCGCCCCCGCCGCCCGGCUCCGCCAUGUCGGAGCGGCUCGGCAAGCCCACCUGCCUCAUCGUCGCCAGCGCUGCCGCUGCCGGUGUGUCAGCCCAGUCCUUCCUUCACUGCUUUACGCUGACCAGCUCUGCUUUUAAUCUGCAAGUCGCCACUCCUGGGGGGAAGUCAAUUGAUUUUGUGGAUGUGAAUGAGAGCAACAUGCGCUGGAUACAGGACUUCCGUAUGAAGUCGUAUGCAAACCCUGCCAAGCUGGAGUCAAUUGAUGGUGCUAGAUACCAUGCAUUGCUGAUUCCAAACUGUCCGGGGGCUGUGACUGACCUUGCAAACAGCGGGUACCUGGCUAAGAUACUGCAGCAUUUCAGCACUGAGGAUAAGCCUAUCUGUGCGGUUGGACACGGUGUUGCAGCAUUAUGUUGUGCCACCAAUGAGGAUAAAUCCUGGGUUUUUCAGGGAUACAGUCUAACAGGGCCCUCUGUGUAUGAACUAAUAAGGCAGCCUAAUUUUGCCAGUUUAUCCAUUAUUGUGGAAGACUUUGUGAAAGAUUCUGGAGCUACAUUUAGCGCCAGCAAGCCAGAUGCUGUACAUGUUGUGCUGGACAGGCACCUUGUGACAGGACAGAAUGAGAAUUCCACUCUUCCAGCGGUCCAGAAUCUUCUUAUGCUUUGCAAUGUCAGGUGAAAGGGUGUUAGAAGCCCCUUCCUGGCUGUGGACUAACAAGUCAUGUCAUGUUUGGAUGUUUCAUUCAGCAAGAAAUGAAAGAGCAGGUCUCUUUUCACACAGAAUGGAUGAAGAGCCAGCAGGCUAAAGGAUUUUCUUGCCUGUUAACUGGAUAAAACAUGUCUUUAAAUUUCUAUCCUGGACUAUAAAGCCACUGACAUUGAAGUGGCAAUGUCAGGUUUUGCACACACUGAAUGGAUGAAGGUUGUGAAUAAGAAAACUUGGAAGUGCAUCACACUUCAGAAGCAAUUAUGAAACCAUCUUGCAUUUGUGUUACUACAUCUUUUUAUUGCUUCUCUCUAGACCCUUAACUUAAAGUUGUGGGAAACUAUCUUUUAAAAAAAAAAGAUCCGUGGCCAUGAGUAUGAUUUGGUGAAGCUGAAGACCCUUCUCGAGGCUGGCAUUAUACUGAUCAUUAGUAAUUCUACUCCAAAGAGCACUUGAACAUUAGGGAAUCAUCUGGCAUUUGUGGUUCAAAUAUAAAAGUCUACAUCUAGUGCUUCAGUGAAAUGCAAUUUCAUGUGUUCUUACCUUUCUGUUGCUAGGUCACAGUUACUGUCCGAACUUUAAAUAUCUGUGAUGUUCAUGUAUCCUUAGAAUGGAAUGCAAAAUGUAUAGCUAAACUGAAUAAAGCAGAGUCAUUUGUUUGAAGACA